UCUGUGCUACUGUAGCAAAUGAGCCACGCCCUUGUUUACUGAAUUUGUGCUUUUUAUUGGUCGUUUCUGGACGGAAUCUGCUAGACUAGUUGUUCCACAAAAGUCCUCAGCCAUGAUUGAUUUGUGUCAGUGGAGAGCUAGAAUAGGAUCUUGGAACUGUUCCCGCCAUUUGAGACAACCCAGUGCUUGUACUAGUACUGGUAACACUUACUGUGGAACUGAUAGAGCUAGCACUGGUAAUACUGCACAAGUGAAGACCCCUAGACUUGUUUUGUCUAUUUUUUGUCUUCUUAUCCUCCUCUUCAUAUCAGGAGAUGUGGAACUUAAUCCUGGGCCCACUCUUACAGAUAAGCCAACAAAAGAUGAGCUUGUUGAGUUAUUGAGUAGCUCAAAGUUUACUGCUGGUACUUGGGAACAGUUUGUAUGUUGUCUUCCUAACAUGACACAAGAUAUCAUUACUGGAAUCAAAGAGAGAGGAUCAAUAGAAGAGGAUGCCAUGAGUGCUGUAGCUCAACGUUGCUUUGAUAAUAAUCCUGAUAUAACAUGGUCAAUAAUCAGGACAUCACUUUUAAAUGCAAAUGAACACAUUUUGGCUCAGCAAAUUUUGACAGAUAGUAACAAGAAAGGGACAAAAGUAGAUGCCACUGUAACAGUUGAGACUACAUUGAGAAAGCAUUUUGCCUCUUUAUUUUAUGCCACUGAAGAUUGCUUGGAAUCUGUUACUGUGGAAUUUUUUUCUAAGAGCCUUAUUAGCAGAGAUGUUAGAAAAUCACCAUCUUUUUAUAAAAUUGCAAACGAAUUUGUCGCUUUGUUAUUUUUUUGUGAAGAAGAUAUGGCAGAAUUAGAAGAGAAUUGUCGUAACUUUGUACAUUGCCUUGCCAAAGCAGGUGGUCCAGCUAAAGAUGCAGCCAUUGCACUAGCUGAAGAUUGGGAGCAUGAAGUAUUGAAUAAACAUAAUUUGAAAUGGUCUCUUAUAGUUGGCAUUGAAACUUCCACUGAUUUAUCUAUUCCUUCAAAAAUUUCACUGAGCAUUGAUGAUGAAAAACCUCAAGAACUGGAAUAUUUUUUUAAGGAAUUUCUUUCUUUGAUGCUUGAUAUCAGAAAGUACUACAACAAGCAUUAUAAUGUUAAAGAUAUUGCUGGCUUUGUAACCGACUAUUUAGAAAAGCGUCCUACUACAGAGCUUCUAACUAAUUGCAAAGAUAUUAAUAGCUUAUUUGAAUUAGUUAGACCUCAUUACAGUUUUUUUGAUUUUGAUUUACUUGAAUACCUUGCAAAACAAUUUCCUCUUAAAAAAGAUCGCAAAUUAGAGCUGAAGUUUAACAGUUAUGUACAGAAAUUACAACAAUUUAAAAACUCAACUUCAAUAGAACAAAUGAAGGAUGCAAUAAAGCUAGUACCUCUACCACAUGAAGCCUCAGAAGUACAAUGUAAAAUUGUUAUUAAAUUGACUGGGGCCUGGGAAAAGAAAACAGUGGAAAAUCUUAAAAUCAUCAUUGAAUACCUUGAUGCUGAGCGUGCAAGACUGGUUGAAAUUGAUGAAGGAUCAAUCGUUGUUACAUUUCUGGCUCUUUCAACAUCACAAUCUCUUAUUGACAAAGUACAGAAUAAAAGUCAAUUCAUCCAGUAUCUUGGUAUAUUUGAAAUAAUCAUUAAUGAUGAAGUUAUUAUUAAUAGAGAGGAAGAUGUCAAGUUUACAUUUGAAGACUCACUCUUACAUGUCAUCAAUCACAUAGACAGUGAUUCAGAAUAUGAGAGAGUAGCACUACUUCUGAUAGAACUUAAAAUAAAUCUAAAUUACCAGAACACUGAUGGCCAGACUGCACUAAUGUUAGCUAGUGAAGGUGGACACAUUGAAAUUUUUAAAUCAUUGCUACGAAAUAGUGCCAAUCCAUUUCAGCUAUCAGCCAAUGGAAGAUACAUUGGCUUGAACUAUUUAGCAUGUACUGCUCUCUCUCAGCAUAUAUACAAAUCAAUUGGAGGAACAAAAAUUAUACCACGAGGUGACACUUCAGUUGAAGACAUGUUGGAAAUGGCUGUUAAGGAAAGAGGAGUGAGUAGUCAUUUUUAUGAGCCAUUCACGUAUGUCAUUGAAAAUAAUUUAAAAGAAAAGUUUCAAUGGCUACAAGAUUGCUUUUGUGCAUUAAACAGUAGUUUCCUUGAUGCAGCCACCAAUAUUUUAUCUAGCAAAGCCUUGGUAGCAGAAACAAAACAACACUUUUUAUCAUAUAUCAAAAAAGAUGCUACUGGUGAAGAUGCUCAUCAACUUGUGCAGUUGCUCCAGCCUCAUUACUCAUGUUUAAACAUUAACCUUCUCACAAAACCAUGUACUAUCACAGAGCCUAUCAAGGAACAGGUAGAAGAAUACAAUACUAACCUAAAGAUGUUCAAAGAUACCACUAGCCUACUGGAGCUUGCAAUGAUGACCAAAGGAAUGCAAUAUCCUGAUGAUGAUGGCUGUUCAAAAUUAAUAUUAAGACUCAACAAGCCAUGGUGCUCCAGGACAAUCACUGACUUGAAUAAAAUGGAAACUUUUUACUUAUCACCUAUUUCAUCCUUUAUAACCCUUCAGAAUGUACAUUGUGAUGCCUCCCACAGCCUUACAUGUACUUAUCUACUACCUCAAUUACAAAUUGAAGUAUUAGCAGAAGCAGUUAUUGAACAAAUAAUUUUUCUAUAUAAGAUUGGUGUAUUUGAAGCUAUGAUUGAUGAUAUUCCUAUCAUGAUGGAAGAUGAAGAUAAAUCAUUUACAUUUGAGGCUGCACUGCAGGAAGCACAUCAAACUAAUAAUGAAAAACUUUUAUUAUUUUUGCCUGAAAUUAACAUUAGUCUGCCUCCUGACACUGACCUCAUAAUUGCUAGUGGAAUUGGGCAAUUCAUGACUGUUCAAUUCUUACUAAAUAAAGAUCCAAAUAUUAACAUUCAAGAUAAUGAUGGAUGGACUGCUUUGAUGCUUGCUAGUAGCAAUGGACACUACCAGGUUGUUGAACUAUUACUGAGUAAAGAUCCAGAUAUUAACAUUCAAAAUAAUGAAGGAGUGACUGCUUUGAUGGAUACUAGUUAUAAUGGACAUUACGAGGUUGUUGAACUAUUACUGAGUAAAGAUCCAGAUAUUAACAUUCAAAAUAAUGAAGGAGUGACUGCUUUGAUGUUUGCUAGUGAAAAUGGGCAUCACCAGGUUGUCAAACUCUUACUUAGCAAAGAUCCAGAUAUUAACAUUCAAGAUAAUCAUGGAUUGACUGCUUUGAUGCUUGCUAGUCACAAUGGACAUCACCAAGUUGUUGAACUAUUACUGAGUAAAGAUCCAGAUAUUGACAUUCAAGAUGAUGAUGGAUGGACUGCUUUGAUGAUUGCUAGUCGCUAUGGACAUCACCAGAAAAUAACAACUCUUACAAAUAAUGAGAGAAAAUUAUUAGCAGCAGCUGCUGAAGGAGAUUUAGGAACAUUAUUUAGUAUGAUUUAUGAAGUUGGUAUGAGUCCAGGUACUCCACUGGUAGCCGGUAUAACUCCAUUAAUGAUAGCAGCUUCCUGUGGACACAUUGAACUAGUUGAGGCACUUAUAAAAGCUGGAGCUGAUGUUAACAAAAGAAAUGAUGAUGGAAUGAAUGCACUGGAUAUAGUGAAUGAUAUCAGCUUUUAUGAUCGAUCUGAUAUUGAAGAUUUCUUAAUUUCUAACACUCCAGCUGGUGAACCAGAUCCAGUAUCAAACAAUGCUGAGUCAACUAAUAAAAAACCCAACACUGUUACUGCAAUCAAGUCAAUAUUUGGCAUGUUUAAUUCAUUUAUGAAGAAAGCUUAUGACCCAUACCAUAGCAAGAAAAAAGAACUGAAGAUACCUCAUGGAAGAACUAAUACACAAUUCAGCAGUGACAAGUAUUGAUAUGUCACAGUUUGUGUCUUAAUCAAUGAUCGAUUGUUUAACUUUAAAAGUAUAUGUAGUGAACUUUUAUUAUGUUGUAGUACUAGAGACGUAAA